CUCGCUUGUGUGAUCGUUUUGGGUUUAGUUCGGUAAGGUCAAGAAGUUGAAACAAGAAGUUAAAUUUUUAUCUCUUCUCUUGGAUUUAAAUACUUUGUCAUAUCCAUUAUUGAUGAAGUGUUUCGCUCAAUCCAGAACUCUAGGAUGGCUGGGAUACAACAAACACAGCAGUGGUCAGAAAACUGUAUACAAGUCAUUUGUUACAACAACAAUUACUAUGAAAAUAAUGGCACAGACAGCUCCAAGCAGACCUAUGAAAUACCCUUACACAUUUUCUGCAAAAAUUGCACAGUUUCCAUACAAAUUCCAUUUUACAAAGAACUGGUUUUUGAAAUAUUACAUUUUUGGAUUUGCACUGUCUUAUCCAAUUUUUCUUUACAUCCAUAAAAAAGUUAACUCUCCAGCAGCUGUUGCAGCAUGGGAAGAAAGACAAAGAAAAAUAGCUGCAGAAGAGCAUCAUCACUAAUGGAAAUAUGACACAGAAGAAUAAAGCUAUUAGUUACCAGAUUAGAUAUUUUAAUAGCCAUUAUAAUGUAGUGACUGUGGAAAACUAGAACCUGAUAUAAGAAACGAAAUAAAAUUGAAAUUUCAUUUCAUUAAUAAAGUUAUAGCCAAAUUUUUCAUUUAUAGUAAGCACACAUGAAUAUGGUAUUAAUGAAUUUCAUGAUAUAAAUGGAAGUAUAAGUUUCAGUUUAUUAAUCUGUGUUUUAAAGUAGGGUUCCUAAGAAAGUGAGAUGUUUGGUUGACUUGUUAAAUUCAUGUAGUGAAGGUUUUAAAGAAUGUGUUUUAUAUAGGCAGGUAUUUGCAUAAACUAUUUCAAUUACAUAUAAGCUGUCUUUAAAGACUUCUAUAUGCAAGCACUUGAAGUUUGCUCUUCAUUGUGAAUAAUUAAUGAAAGGGUAAUUUCUUUGCUAUUGUAUUUAAAAAUCAAAUUGUUAUGGACAAAUUAAUUCAUUAAACCUGUAGAUUUAUUAUGACUUAACAAAAUGCAUUAAUGUAAUUAAAACUUGUAUUCUAUAUGAAUAUUGAACAUAUUAGAUCUAAACAAAGCAUUUUUCAUGGAUUAUUACCACAGAUAAAACUCGGUUACCAACCUGUGCACUGUUUUUGAGUCCAUAUUUAGUUCUGACUACUAAUUUCUAAACUUUUAUUGCUGUAAUAUUUACUAAAACUCUUUCCAAACACUGAAUAACUUAUCAAAAAAUCUUUUGUUAAACAUAUAGCUGUAAACAUAUCUUAUAUAUCUGUACUUGUAAAUCAGGGAUUCUUAUUAUACUUCUUCCCAUUAAAAAAAUUAAGAUCCUUAGUUAUGAUCUUAAUUAAAUGUUACUUUGCCAGGUUUGUAUCGGAAGUAAAAUUUGUAAAAUUAAAACAAUAUACAAUGA